AUGGAACCUUUUGUGAAACCUUUGGUGAUCUUUGUUAUACUUGUGUGCUCAAUGCUUGUUUUCUGUGGUCUUUUAACGACGUUCCUAAGACGAUAUGGUGGUAGGCUCAAUAACACUGGUGGUGGUGGUCGUCGUCGUGGCGGUGGCUGUGAUUUUGGAGGCGGGGGCUGGGGCGGGGGUGGCGAUGGGGGUGGGGGUGGGGGUGGUGGGGGCGGGGGCUGGGGCGGGGGUGGCGAUGGGGGUGGGGGUGGUGGAGGUGGAGGCGGGGGUGGGGGUGGCGAUGGGGGAGGUGGAGGCGGGGGUGGGGGUGGUGGAGGCGGGGGUGGGGGUUUUAACCGCAAAGAGGUCGAGCAGUCCAAGCCAAUUGAAGAAAAUGGCGCCAAAAUCAAAGGUGUUGAUGAAGAUUAUGGCACCAUAGAAGAGGGUCGUGAAGCUGGUGGUAGUGGUGGUAGGGGCAGUAACUGA